AAAAUCCUGUAUUAUCAUCGACAUUCGACAAUCCUUCGAUCUGUCAUUGCUUAUCGUGGGGACUUAACAAAAAAGCGAAGUGUUAUGUUUACAUAUUAUGAGAAACUUUAUUUUUCUACAGAAUUACGUGAACCGAUUUGAAAAGUGUAGAUUUCUUUACAAAUAAUUGUUAAUUAGAUAAGUGUAAAGCGAAUAUAAGCCUAUAAAAGUUGGUUUGUGGCAUGGAAAAUACAAACAUGCUAGAUUGACAACUAUUUACUACUUUUUGCUAAACGGAAUCUAGAAUUGCAGUAAGCGUUCGUAACGACUUGGUGAAUAUCUUCUGUCCGAAAAUGAGUGUGAUUGAUUCAUUUACUAAUCCUCUUCCUCUGGAACCACUUCCUCAAAGCAAAAUAGAAGACCGACGUUUGUGGAUUGGAAACCUUGAUCCUAGAAUAACGGAGUGUAUCAUAAUUUGUGUCUCUGUUUACCGGUAUCACCUCCUGAAACUUCUGCAAAAAUAUGGUGCUAUUGAAAAAUUUGACCUGCUGUUUCACCGAUCAGGUCCCUUAGCUGGCCAACCCAGAGGUUAUGCAUUUGUUACUUAUUCAACUAGUGAAGAUGCUGUGAAGGCAAAAGACUGUUUGAAUGGUGUUUUGCUGGGUUGUAAACGAAUUGUGGUUCGUUGGGCAAAUAGUGUUAGCAAGGACGAAUUGGAAAAACCUAAACCUCAGAUAGAAAUUCCAGCCUUAGCUGGUGCAAAAAAUGAAAGAAAAAUAAGUCGUGAAACUACCAUUCAAGCAAUAGAAGCAAAAUUGAAGAUGAUGGAACAUAAUUCUUCAAAUGAUUUUGAAGUGAACAAUCCUCCAACUGGCAGUUUACAUCCUCCUCAGCAAAGUAGUGCAUCAAGGCCAUCUGUGUCCCGAACAAAACCAAGAAGAUACGAAUCGAAGCCAUAUAGGAAAAGUAAUCGAAGAUGAUUAAUUUUUUUUAAUUUAUUUAUUUAUUUUAAUUUAUUAAGUCAUGAUUAUAACUUGCUGUAAUCAUUUUAAGCAAUAAUUUUCAAGAAUUUUCAGUCUCUUUGUACCUGCAAAUUAAAUUAAGGAUUGCAUGAAUGAUCAACACAAUUAGAUCUCGCCAAAUGUCUGUAUCAGUGUAUAUGUUCAAUAAGAAAAUACAGUACUUAUUGUUUGCACUUACUUGCAUUUUGUACAUGUGUAAAAUACUGUUUGCCCUUCAUCUGCAGAACGAAGUUG